AUGCCAGAUCCUGUGUACCAGCGAGGGGCACCUGCCAAAAAGCGCAAGAGACGGAUUGUCGCGGACGACCAGCGAAAGAAGGUGUCGCGUGCGUGUAACCACUGCAAAAAGCGCAAAAUCAAGUGUAACGGUAUCCUUCCGUGUUUGGGAUGUGUCAACCGCGGCAUCAGCUGCACCAUUUCGGAGAUUGACAAGCGAUCGUUGAAGGGCUUUAGAAAUCUUAACGCGCGUAUGACCAGUCUUGUGCAACCUUUUGGCCUCCCUAAUUCUGUCUCCAGCACUCUGUCCCUCCCCGAAGAUAACUCCCAAUCACCCCACCCAUUCAACCUCCACCUCAUUCUCUCACCCGCGAACUAUCCAUUGCCGCAGCUAUUGACACAGUCACCCAAGUUCCACUCCUCACCACUAAUCAAGUCACGUUCGCCACGUGACUCUUCCAGAACCGAAACCUCGCUCUGUUCGGGCGACAGCUCUCACCAGCCAAUUAAACAGAGCAUCAGUCACCACACAACUAUCGCCGAUUGGGGAAAGUCUCCAAAGAAUACCUUGGAGCGUGAUACCACCAGCCGCAUGCUCUAUGACUCGGCGGGUAACCUUCGCUACAUCGGCGAGAGCAGCGUGUUGACGGUGAUUUCGCAGUGCCGGUACAUAUACAGUGCCGUGAUUGGCAAGUCGAACUUCACGGAAGAUCCACAGCGGUUUGUGAUCGUGGACGCGCCGGGCAUGCGCCUGACGCGGAUCCCGCUCCAGCUCCCCGCACGCACGUGCACAGACUUGCUUGUGGACUUGUACGAGCUGAACUUCAACCAACUACACUACGUGUUUAACAUGAAGCAUUUUCGGGAGAAGGUGGUGGCGGCGGCAUACGAGGACCCGUUGAACUUUCCAAGUCGCAAGUUGUGUUUGUUACACUUGGUUUUGGCAUUGGGGGCGAUGUUUAAAGACAGAGUGAGCACGGGUGAUACUGAUAAUGCGCGCUCGCCGUCCUCUACCGACCUUUUUGACAGCGGUACAUGCCUCCUUACUAACUGUAUCGAAGAUGGUAACCUUUGGCUCGUCGAAGCCUACUAUCUCCUCUACUUCUACCACGAUGCACUCACCCGCCGCAACAAUGCAUGGAUCAAUCUCGGCAUUUCCAUCCGCUACGCACUCUCGCUUGGCCUCAAUAAGCGGGACAUCAACGACUCCUUCGUCAACGCCGACUACACGCUCCAUCGCCGCAAGCUCUGGCGCUCCAUCUACAUCAAUGACCGCAUUCUGUCCAAUCUUCUUGGCCGCUCCCUCGGAAUCAACGACCACGAGUGGGACGACAUACAUAGCAUUCCACUCCACCCUGUUGACCAUUACCGGAACCCAGUUGAAACCAACCGCCUUCUACUCCAGGCGCUUUUUGAGCACGAGCUUUUUUGCGUUUCAGUCAUCAAUGGAAAGAUCAUGCAACGGGUGUAUACUGCCAAACGCGUUGACAUCGAGCUAGCGAAGGCGUGUGCCAUGGAGUUGAAGCUCUGGUACACAAACCUCCGUCCGGAGUUGCUGGUGCAGAAUAUCUUGGAGCCGGAAAAGGACCGCUACGGCUAUUACACCAACGGGACGCCGCUCCAAUUACUCCACUUUACUCAUCUCUACGGCAUCAUUUUGUUGACCCGUCCGUUCUACCACUACGUAAUCCUUCUUGAACUCGGGCUCAUGGCCAAUACGAGCCCCACGACGCUCCCAGUUGAGCUCCUCGAGAGCUUUUCCGCGGCCCUAUUACGCGCGAGCUUGCUCACCAUUAAGUUGGCCGAGUUUUCCGUUGAUAACAAUGUCAAUUUGGUUGGCUCCAACCACUGGCUGAACCACUUACUCAACGCGGGGCUCAUGGUGGGUGUCAUGGUGUUGGUGCAGGUGCGUGCGCAGGGAAAGCCACGCAUGUAUGACAGUCUUCCGCGCGUGCUGAUUGCGACGAUGGAUACGUGUGUGCGCGUGUUGGAGGUAUUUCUGAAGCGUGACUUAAAGGCAAAACGGUACGCGCAUAUCAUGCGGGAGAUGACUGACGCGGUGCGCAAG